AUGGGCGGCAUCAACCUGCCCACAUUCGACGUGAGCUCCCGCCGCCGAGGGCCCGACAUUCGCGGAAAACUUUCCGCGCUUGCGGAAUCCGGUCCUGCGCUUGAUCUCUCCCCAAGAGCCGGCAAUCAUGGCAGCGGGAAUGGCGGUGACAAGGGGCCUCAGUUAUUAAGAUGGAUGCCGCGGUCAAUCAGCCUCACGGCUGCGAAUAACGCCGGUUCAGGACUGUUUUCGCCAAACGACUUUGUCAAAUCUCGUAAAAAGGAGGAAUCACUUCUUGGGAAUGCCGAGGUGGAGGAGUGGGGAAUGAUCGGCAGUGAUUCGCCGACUGCCGACGCCGAUCGUUACGAUUUUGCGAAAGGCGGCGGGGUUGCAUCGUCUUGGGAUUUUGAAGGCCCCACAAAGUCGCGGAGCUUGUCGCUGCGAAGUUUGGCGAAGUUUAACCUCUCGUUCGGCAAGCAGCCCGUUCUCAAGCGAACGAUGUCGUCAAGUUCGUUCGAAUCCGAACACGAAAAUUCUAGCACAUACGGUCUGAGCCCAAUCAAUGACCGAACCCAACCCAACUACUUCAGUGGCGAGUUCAAUAAGAAUAAUGCUCGGAACGGCAGCAGCAGCAACCUCGUUUCGUCGUCAACGUCGUCUUCUUUCGUCUCGAAAGCGCAUGAAAAUGUGUGCGCCGCGGAAUUCGAUUGCGCAUCGGAGACCGCCAGCAGCAGCGAGUGCGGCUCGGUGGUGGGCGACAGCGACUCCAGUGAUUGGUCGAACGACAACCAUAAUGACGUGGCGUCAUCACAUUGGAAGGAGUGGGACGCAGAGGAACGAACCUCGAAGGUUCCCGAUGAGAAGAAACAGGAGAAGCGGAUCGCAUUCGUUCGCGAGUUUUUUCCCGCCAACAGAGCGGGGCACAUCCGGCGGUUCCUCCUGAAGCGCUUCGGCGGGAGUCGGCGGGAGAAGAUGCACGUGUGGGCGCCCUUAUUCGCCGACCAAUCCCCCCUUUCCCCAUCCCGUUCUCCCCUUUCCCCAUCCUGUUCUCCCCUUCCCCAUCCCGUUCUCUGCUUUCCCCAUCCCGUUCACCCCUUUCCCCAUCCCGUUCUCCCCUUUCCCCAUCCCGUUCUCCCCUUUCCCCAUCCCGUUCUCCCCUAUCCCCAUCCCGUUCUCCCCUUUCCCCAUCCCGUUCUCCCCUUCCCCAUACCGUUCUCCCCUUUCCGCAUCCCGUCCUCCCCUUUCCGCAUCCCGUUCUCCCCUUUCCGCAUCCCGUUCUCCCCUUUCCGCAUCCCGUUCUCCCCUUUCCCCAUCCCGUUCUCCCCUUUCCCCAUCCCGUUCUCCCCUUUCCCCAUCCCGUUCUCCCCUUUCCCCAUCCCGUUCUCCCCUUUCCCCAUCCAGUUCUCCCCUUUCCCCAUCCCGUUCUCCCCUUUCCCCAUCCCGUUCUCCCCUUUCCGCAUCCCGUUCUCCCCUUUCCGCAUCCCGUUCUCCCCUUUCCGCAUCCCGUUCUCCCCUUUCCCCAUCCCGUUCUCCCUCGUUUCCCUCGCUUCCCUCCCUUCCCUCGUUUCCCUCUCUUCCCUCCCUUCCCUCGUUUCCCUCUCUUCCCUCCCUUCCCUCGAUUCUCUCUCAUCCCUCCCUCCCUCGGUUCCCUCUCUUCCCUCCCUUCCCUCGUUUCCCUCUCUUCCCUCCCUUCCCUCGUUUCCCUCUCUUCCCUCCCUUCCCUCGUUUCCCUCUCUUCCCUCCCUUCCCUCGUUUCCCUCUCUUCCCUCCCUUCCCUCGAUUCUCUCUCAUCCCUCCCUCCCUCGUUUCCCUGUCUUCCCUCCCUUCCCUCGUUUCCCUCUCUUCCCUCCCUUCCCUCGUUUCCCUCUCUUCCCUCCCUUCCCUCGUUUCCCUCUCUUCCCUCCCUUCCCUCGAUUCUCUCUCAUCCCUCCCUCCCUCGUUUCCCUCUCUUCCCUCCCUUCCCUCGUUUCCCUCUCUUCCCUCCCUUCCCUCGUUUCCCUCUCUUCCCUCCCUUCCCUCGUUUCCCUUGCUUCCCUCCCUUCCCUCGUUUCCCUCUCUUCCCUCCCUUCCCUCGUUUCCCUCUCUUCCCUCCCUUCCCUCUCGAUACCGUGUUUUCAUGGCUAUACUUUCUCAAACCGUGCUUCUCUUGCAGGCGGGGUGACUCCAACUCCGCACAUUGUACCGCCUGCGCCAAUCCUCACACAUCAAAGCCACCUCUCCACCCAGUCCCACACUAGUUUCAUUCUCGUCUCCAACAGCUCUCACAUCCACAUCCCCUUGAUUGAUUUCUGUGCUUGUGUUGCAGGGGAUCGUGGCAACCUCCCUUUCAUCCAUUUUCUCCCUUUCCUCCCUUCCCUCCCUUUUCUCCCUUUCCUCCCUUUUCUCCCUUUCCUCCCUUUUCUCCCUUUCCUCCCUUUUCUCCCUUUCCUCCCUUUCCUCCCUUCCCUCCCUUCCCUCCCUUCUCUCCCUUCCCUCCUUUUCUUCCUUUCCUCCUGCCUCCCUGCUAUACUAUUCCCUCUUGUUACCUUCCCUGCAAUCCCUCCAACGCUGAAAGCGAUCUCAAUGUGCUUCUCCUCACAUGCCUUCCAAAGCCUGAUUCCCUUCUCCUCACUUCUCCCCCUCAUUCCCCCCACCCCCCCCUGA